AUGACUAGAUUAAAAAUCGGACAAAUCGUUAGCUGCUAUAACGAUUUGUUUUGGCUCUGCAAAACAACGAAAAUUGACGGAGAUGAUAUAACGGUUAACUGGUAUGAAAAACAAGCGAACACUUCAUUAUUUGUGCUACAAAAAGAUGAAACCGAUAUAAUACACAAACAAUCGAUGCUCGUCCAAUUUGAUCCUUCCGUUAAUCCUAAACAAAUGAAUGAAAAUCAAAUAAAACUGUCAGAUAUUGAUAUGAAGAGUCUUUAUCAAUCAGUAAUAUUAACAUUGAAUAAUAAAUUAAAACAGUUUCAGUUAGUCAAUGACGAACAACAGACACAGGAAAGCACAACGUCAUCACAUCCCGUUUUGACAGAUGCAACAGAACAACAGUCUCGACGAAUUCAAGUAUGUUGAAAUAUAUGAGUAAUGCGCAACUUUUUUGUAGAAUUGGUUAUUUACGGUUUUUCCGCAUUAAUUUCUUAUGGCCCGAUUUUUUCUUUUACACACUUUUGUGUGUCCCACUACCAUACAAACUUACAGCUUCGUAUCUCAACAGCUCGCCGUGUUUGACCUUUUUUUGAAAUUGUUUCUGCUAUGACUUCUGAUGGAUUCGUCCAAACUCCAUAAAACUUUCACACAAGAUAGAGCAUAAAAAAAGAGAAGUCAAGGACUUCUAUGACUUGUCUGGGCUUGACUUGGCCUCCGGAAAAGUACCUCAUGAACUUGAUUUGACGUGGACAACCUUCGAAAUUUAAGUCAAGUCUUUUUGAAUUUUUUCGUACAGAAAAUUGUGAUUUUUUGCAAAAAAUCGCUUCAACGUUUCUUCUACAGCGAAUCCAAAUCCCAAUCUCCAAGGUUAAGAAAAUCUAGAGAAGAAAACUCUCGAUUCUUCCAAAAAAAUCUUCACUUGACUUGAAAAUGACUUCCACUCGAGAAAGAAAUCAUGAAAGACUUGACUUGGGAAAAGUUUUGAAUGACGUGAUUUGUCUACGACUUGAGAAGUCUCUGAUAUGCCCAUGUCUGAUUUGGAAACUUCUGGGUAAAAAGUUUUUCAGAUUUUGAUGUGCUGAGAUAAGGUCAAAAGGUCAUGUUUUAUACACCUUUCGAUUCGUCACAUAGAGCGGCGUCGAAUGGCGCGUGAUGUUCUGUGUUUUCAUUAAAAAAAUGUGAUUCUUUCCUUAAACUCACUUUCUGAUUGAGGUAUCUGAAAAUUGUAAGUAUGGGUUUCUCAGCCAAUAUGCGUCCGAUAGCAGGAAAAUUCACAUCAGACACUGACUGAACGAUGGGGAGCAAAAUACACUAAGUUUUUGUUUAAACUCACUUUUAUUUUUUUUGCUAAUUUGAAAAAUAGUUGCACAUCACUCAUACGUAGUUUCAAUAGAGUCGUAACUUUUGUGAAAUAAAAUGGCUAUCAUCUUGCUGAUUAAAGCGAGCAUUUUUUUCUUUCCAUGCUGAACGAAAAAUAUCAUAACGAUAUUAUCCCAGGCCGUUGAAAGCGGCCAAGUUAACGGCGUGUUAACGUCCCAUUAAGUCUACGUUAACGAGCCGUAAACGUACCGUUUUUACACCGUUAUGCACCGUUUUUACGCCGUUUUUCACCGUUAACUGGGCCCGUAUUACGGCCCGUUUUUACACCGUUUCUUGCCCGUUUUUUGGCCGUUUUUACGCCGUUUACAGACCGUUAAUGUGCCGUUUGUGCGCCGUUUUUAUAGGGUAAACGUAUCGUUUUUAAGCCGUUACUUAUGAAUUUCCAGCUUAUUCCUUUAAGCCGAUUUUGUUUACUGAGACCGGUUGGUAUUCUAUAGAAGACUUUUAGGUCAGAUGAAGUCAGAUGAAAACUUUAUUCAAUCAGAAAAAAGUUAUUGAGAAUUGUAACACAAACGUAAAAAAAAUGCUAUACACAUGAAACAAGCAUACCUACAAUGUUGCAC